GGCUGGCAUCAAGGGACUGGCAAGGACGUUCCGCAUCAUGGACGACGAUGGCAGUAGGUCUCUGGACCUGCAGGAGUUUAUUAAAGGACUGGCGGACUAUGGUGUGGUGGUGAGCAGAGAGGAGGCCCGGCAGAUCUUCACACUGUGUGACAAGGACGGCAGUGGCAGCAUCAACUUCAACGAGUUUCUGGAGAAUCUGAGGCCUCCCAUGUCCAGUGCCAGGAUCUCUGUGAUCGGCCAGGCCUUUAAGAAGUUAGACCGGACAGGGGACGGGGUGGUGACUGUGGAGGACCUGAGGGGGGUCUACAACUGCUCACAACACCCCAAAUAUAAGAGUGGAGAGUGGACAGAGGAACAGGUCUUCCUAACUUUCCUCAGCAGCUUUGAUUCCCCCAACGACAAAGACGGCAAGGUAACUCAGGAGGAGUUCAUGAACUACUACAGUGGAGUGAGUGCCUCUAUUGACAGCGACGGAUACUUUGUUACGAUGAUGCAGAAUGCCUGGAAGCUGUAGGCACCGCUGGCUAUCUACAUCUAUGUGUAUUCUACUAACAUAUUUGGCUAAUCAUAAAAAGGCACCUUUGCAUUCAUGUAGAACUUAUGUAUGUGUACAUGUGAGAAAAUAGAAAAAAUGCUAGUUUAUAGUUUUUCAAUGGAACAGAAUAGCUUUAAAUGGACAGAUACAGCCGAUUUCUACUGAAUGAUUUAUAUAUAUUACACAUAUUAAUCACGUUCCUUUGUGCCAUAUUGCUUUGUCUUGUUAAGAUCCCUCUUAUGGUUUAAGCUACAUCGUAAUAAUGCAAAUGUUUGCCAAAUAGAAUACCUUUCUCGUA